AUGCUAUACAAGAUAGUUGACAUUCGGCAUCAUGGCUCCGAUGCAUUUUUCACAUACUCCCUCACUCAUCCACACCCUACAAUUCCCUCCGAGAAGACCACCACCUCCCCAAACCAAAAUGAAACAACCAUCAACAACCUCCGAUGCAAAAACCCAACCCUAAAAUUUAUCCGGUUCCAAUGGCAAAACUACUCCGGGAUCCUACGAAGCCGCACACAAAGGAAAAAAAAAACCGUCGGGGUUCCACCCACCACAUUCGAAUCUAUACUCAACAAUACGCUCAUUCUGAAUUACAACCCAAUUGGGGUAGACUGGCUUCUUCCAUACUGGGACAGCGCCCGCACCAGUGCGCAGUGCGUCAUCUCGGGGGAUUCAUAUGCUACUGUGAUGUGCGAGGUGGUUCGAACUAGACCAGGGAGUCUAGUUCCUCAGCUCGAUCUGUGUCCACGGCGGGCGCUGGAAAAAGUAAUGCGUAAAGCUAUGGAAGUCCAUGGUUUGAGCUUUCUGGUGGGAUUUGAGGUUGAGUUUGAGGUUAUGAAGGUCACGUUAUAUGGAAACGAGGUUAUCCCGCACAGUACAGGUUUGAGACGGUUUGCUAUCACCGAUCAGGGAGAUCCUUGUUUUGCGCAUGUGGAGGAAUGUAUUCGUGAAUUGCAAUAUGCUGGCAUCGAUAUUGAGGGUUUCCAACACAAAGGCCGUCGUGGCCAGUACCAAAUCUCCCUCCAUCCCCAAGCACCACUACAAGCAGUUGACGAACUAAUACUGGUCCACGACCGCAUCAAGCGAGUCUUCGCCAAACACGGCUACAGAGCAACCAUGUGUCCCAAGCCUACGCCAGCUCGACAAAAACCAACAGGCCAGCACAUGCAUAUCUCAAUGUCCUCUCCACAUGCAGAGUCCUCCUUCCUGGCUGGUAUACUCAAGCACCUGCAAGCACUCUGUGCAUUCAGCUUACCUUAUGACCUUUCCUAUGAGCGCGAGCAACCAUACUCCAACAGCGAAUUUUUCUCCUGGGGCACACAGAACUGGGAGGUUCCCAUCCGCAAAAUCAAAUCCGGGCAUUGGGGUUUCCGAUGCGUCGACCCGACGGCUAACAUGUAUCUCACACUCGCGGCUUUUCUUGGUGUUGGCAUCCUGGGGAUGCAGAAUCAGGAGUCCCUGGUGUGGCCGGACACCGGCAUCCCUGAGCGGUUGGAUCCUGCUACGUUUCUGCCGAGCAGUUUGGAGGAUGCGUUGUGUUUUCUUGAGGCUAACGCUGAUGAGAUAGAGGAUAUUAUGGACAGUAAGAUCGUUUAUCGUUAUAUAGCGCUCAAACGGUUUGAAUCAUCGCACAUGAGGAAAUAUCUCGAGGAGGCAAGAGGAUUACAUAUUGAGGUUUUUUAG